AGACAGCAAAUCAAGAGGAGAAACAUGUCUUCUACAAGAGUGAAAUUGGAGAAGGCCUUGUGCCAGUAUGUCACAGAGACCCUCAGUCACAUUGACACAGUUAGAGAAUUCUGUGAGAGGCUCCCCAAAUGGACAUGUGCAAGGAAGAAAGAGAUUGCAAAGAUAAAAGAGGAGAAUGACCAACCAAAGUUAGAUGCUGUGCUGAAGGAUGCUUUGGGCGGUCUGCGGAAGCUCGACUGCUUCCUGGUUGCAGUGGAGAUGCUGGCAGUCACCUCGCUUGAAGUGUUCAAAGAGCAGAACCAGGUGUUACAUCUGCCAGAGCGAAUCAGCCCUGAACAUGUUCAGAUUGUCAUCAUUGCUGCACGGCUGAUCUGCCCUCUCCUCCUCGUGUUUAAGAGAGAUGCACGUGUCUUCUUCCUCCCCAAACUUCAGAAUAAGGAAGUGCUGUCAUAUCAGCUGGACAAAUACAUUCAGACCACCCAGAAAAUCUGUGAGAAGUUACAGAAAAGCUCCUUCUGUGAGUUUGGUCUGAAGGCCCCAAAAACCCUGGUGGACCUCAAUGUGGAUUUGUCAGAAAAUGACAUGCAAAGGAUGCUUCAACUUGUUAAUCAGCUUGACAGAAUCAGGAUGGACCAACACUUCAGGACGAUCUUCUUGUUCCAGGAAGUGUCAUGUCAUUGUUUCAUUGAUGAGUUCAGCAAACGACAGCUGAGGAUGCUGCAGUUUCUCAAAGAGCUGGAGGAGAACGCUGUUCAGCUGGACAGGAUGCAUAAAGGGGCAAAGAUCUCCAGUGUGGCAGGCAGCUCAGUGGGGGCAGUUGGGGGUGUGCUUUCCAUUGUAGGUUUGGCAUUGAUUCCUGUAACAGCUGGAGUGUCUCUCGGUCUGAUAAUAGGAGGGACAGCGCUGGGAAUAACCAGCGGAGCGAACAGUGUGGUUACCACGGCCACAGAACUUAUAGUAAACCAUAAACAUCAAACGGAAGCUGGUAAAAUCCUCCAGAGAUUCAUGAAGGAUGUGCAGAGUCUCCAGGAUUGUCUUGAGGAAGUGUCUGCUCAACCAGCUGCUAACAUUCCUGUGAAAGCGGAAUAUUUGAGGAAAUUGAUGUUGCUGUCCAAACCUGUGUCAAUUGGACGUAGUAUUAGCUCACUUGUUACAGAUGUCUCCGCUUUAAAGGCUUUGAAAAGGAAUGAGCAGGCGGUGGGGGCUGGCCUAGUGGCAGUGCAGGAAGGACAGGCAUUAGUGAAUGUGUCCAGGGUGGCCUCAGAUGUCCCAGAUAUUGGACAGGCAGCAGUCAAAGGGUCUCUUGCCCUCUCUAAGUCAGCCAGAUUCGGUCUCAUUGGGCUCAACGCUCUCUUCCUUGGCAUGGAUAUCGUCACCAUCUGUAAAGACGGCAUCACUUUGGCCAAAGGCUGCAAGGCUGAAGUCUCACAGUUCAUCAGAGCCAGAGCUGCACUUUGGAGCUCAGAGAUGGACUCAUGGCAGAAGAUCCAUAAUUCCCUGUGCAAAGGUCUGCUGACAUCAGAGAAAAACAGAGUUAUCCUGGAGAUGCCAUUUUAUCCAGAGAGGGCAGGGAGGAAACAAAAGCAGAUAAAGAACAAAAUAUGA